AUGGCAUGCAAGCUCCCCCCGCCCGUGGUGCAUUACAAUCUCAACAACCUCACCAGCACAAGCGACUCCAUCGCCAACGGCGAGCGCAUCCUCAUCCUCACCCCACUCGCCCGCUUCUACCAACAAUACUGGGACAACCUGGAGAAACUGAGCUACCCACAUGAGCUCAUUUCCCUCGGCUUCAUCGCACCCAAAACAAAAGCCGGAAAUGCCGCAAUUGCUGCCCUGGAAAAGGCCAUCUCGAAGACCCAAAAUGGUCCCAUCGACAAUCGCUUCGCAAGCAUCUCCAUCCUCCGUCAAGACUUCGAUCCACCCCUCACCUCCCAAGACGAAAAAGUCCGGCACAAACUCUCGGCCCAGAAAGAGCGUCGCGAGUCAAUGAGUCGCGCCCGGAACAGCCUCGUCUUCACUACCCUAGGUCCCAGCACUUCGUGGGUCCUCUGGUUAGAUGCCGACAUCGUCGAAACACCCACCUCGUUAAUUCAGGAUCUAACAAGCCACAACCAACCCGUCAUUGUCCCAAACUGCUUCCAGCGGUACUACGAUACUCAGUCUCGCAAGUGGGAUAUCCGCCCAUACGACUUUAACUCCUGGAUAGACAGCGAGCAGGCACAGGAACUCGCCAAGCAAAUGGGCCCAGACGAUAUCCUACUAGAGGGAUACCAUGAGCUGCCCACCUACCGCACGCUAAUGGCCUACCUGGCUGACCUCAAGGCCCUUGAUCCUGGACGUCUCCUCGCCCUCGAUGGAGUCGGUGGUACUGCCUUGAUGGUCAAAGCUGAUGUCCACCGUGACGGCGCCAUGUUCCCUGCCUUCCCAUUUUUCCACCUCGUUGAAACGGAGGGAUUUGCCAAGAUGGCUCGUCGGUUGGGGUACGAGGUCUUUGGUCUGCCGGAUUAUCUCAUUUAUCAUUAUAACGAGUGA